AUGUUCAAACUCGUCUUGGCGCUGGCUGCGUCUGUCGCGUCUGUCGCGUCAGCAGUCGCGCAGCAAGAACCAUACAUGCCACUCGACGCGCCGCGCGUCAACGUCUCACUCUUCGUCAUGAGCCGGUGCCCUGAUGCCCGUAUCUGUGAGACCGUCUUCGAAGAGGUCCUCAAACAGGACCACAUCCUGUCAAAGAUCGACCUCGCUAUCGACUAUUUGGGCCAUAUCGAUGAGGCCGCACCCUACGGUGUAGAGUGCAUGCACGGCGACCUGGAAUGCGCCGGCAACGCCCACCAACUCUGCGUACGCGCUCACGCUCCCCUCGACAAGUUCUACGCAACCCUCUCGUGCAUGAAUUACGCAAACUUCCCCGGCGUGAUCGGAACGACCGCCUUAACCCGCAAAUGCGCCGACACGGCGGGUAUCGACUGGUGGCGUUCCGGGAUUGGGGCGUGUAUUGAGGGCAAGGAGGCUGAGCGGGCCGGCCGGUUGGCUGAACGUGAGGCGUGGCUUACUGGAACUGAGAUCAAGAUUCCCAAUGUUCUGGCCGAGGAGGAGAUUGAUGAGUGGGCCGACGCCGAUGCUCUGGAUCCACUGGCGGAGGAGGGCCGGAAACGUCUCGUCGACAGCGUCAAGUAUACGAUUAAAGAGGGGGUUACGAAGAGCUGCACGAUCCGGAUUGCCAGCACGCUCAAACAUUCUCCACGGGAGUGUAUUGUCGACGGAGGGGUGUGGAAGGGCUGCGAUGACGGGCACGCCGCAUCCGACUUUGCCCGCGUUAUCAAGCAGGAGUGGGCCAAUCUGCAGAAGUAG